AUGAAAAUCAAAAUUUUUGCUUUUCUGGUCAUAUUUUUUUCGUGUUUCUGCAUGGAACGUCUAGCAUGUCAGAACCAGAGUUGCCCGUGCUCCAAUCUCUAUGACAACCUGAACGAUGCAGAAAACACGGUAUACUACGAGGGGCUAGGUUGCUCCAGAACCGUAUACUGCACGGUCGGCUAUUGGACGUGGCUAACUUUGUCCUGGGAGUUGUCCGACAUACCCACUCCAAGUGACAUUUACGAGGAUACAUUUUUUGCUUUCACUUGGAAUCAUACAGACCCUAUGGGGGUUUAUGCCGGGGGUCCUAUCACUGACCUGGUCUCUCUGUUGGGAAUGCAGUGUGACCGCAGUACAAGCCAGUGGAUUGUGACAAGAUACCCAUUUGGGUAUUCCUAUUUCAAUCAAAACGAUGAGAAGAUUGUUAUUGAUGGGUACAGCGUGGAAGGCGUCAGAUCAAUAGUUUCGUCGACGGAUUCACGAUUUUCUUGCGCAAAUAUGUGCAGAUGUUCAGACCUGAUGAGCUUGGUCGAGGAUUCGUCUGAAAAUAUUCUGUACACCUUUAAUGGAAAUCAUUGCAGUAGCAAUUUCACUUGUAAUGCAGACUCCCAAACAUUCAUCCGAUCUAGUUUUGACGGGUCGGAGAUUCCUGGUAUUGGUAAUCGUACGGGUGCAAUGCUGAUUCCCACGAUUCCCGAAGAAGAUCAGCCAGAACACUCCUCUAUAAACAUUAUGGUCGAACUCGGGAUAUAUUGUCAUGAAGGGGAAUGGUAUGUAACACAAUAUCCGUAUGGAGUUACAUACAUGGAUGAUACUGGAACGAAAUACAUCACCGGAGAGGAUUGGGGAGGGAAGAAAUCUAAAGUUCUUGGGUUCAGAUGUACAAAGUGGCCUUGA